AAUUGCAAGCUGCUAGUACAAUUCACGAAAAGCUAGUUCCAACAUCCAUCGAGAAACACCUUGGGCGAUAGAAGAACGAAUUAUUACUCAAAUCCGUAAGAACGUUAAGUGACCUGCAUAGCGAUGACCAAUAGUUCUUUGCCAUCAACCGACCACAUCUGCGGCCAGCUCAUAGUGAUGCACGACAACAGCGAAGCGAUGCCGCUAUUGCCGCGAGGCUGCCGUUCAACUGAAUUGACAUAAGCACCAGCCUGAAUCCAACCUCCUCUCCUAACUCAAUAUAAAAAUUCGCAUAUACAUCAACUCUGCGAUACAAGCAUUUAUUGAGAACUUUUCUCCGUGACGGAACUGAUCUGACUAAUGCGUCUUUUGGAAAGUAGCGGCAGUGGCGGGUUCAGCCUCACCGAGGAUUUUGGCAACGAUAUUCCCGGCUAUGCUAUACUUUCGCACACAUGGGGGGCUGACACCGAGGAGGUCACCUUCAAAGAUAUGACGAAAGGUGCCGGCAAAACCAAGGCUGGCUAUAACAAGAUCCGACUCUGCGGAGAACAGGCUGAACGAGAUGGCAUACGAUAUUUCUGGGUUGAUACAUGUUGUAUCAAUAAAUCAAACACUAAUGAACUCUCAAAAGCUAUCAACUCCAUGUUUCGUUGGUAUGGUAAUGCGGAGAAAUGUUAUGUUUAUUUAUCAGAUGUUUCGAGUUCUGCCAUUAAUAAUGACAACAAGUUUCACCAACGGCCCUGGGAAUCGGUAUUUCGGGAGAGCAGAUGGUUCACUCGAGGCUGGACCCUUCAAGAGCUUAUCGCUCCGAUAUCCGUCGAAUUCUUUUCCAAAGACUGGGAGAAACUGGGCAACAAAUCAUCCUUAGAGCUACUCAUUCGCGAAAUAACAAGGAUCCCCGUCAAAGCACUUCAAGGAGCUUCGUUGUCUGAUUUCAGCAUCACUGAACGCUUUUUAUGGGCUGAAAAGCGUGUAACUACUUGGGAAGAAGACAAUGCUUACUCAUUACUUGGUAUUUUCGAUAUUUAUAUACCACUUAUUUAUGGCGAAGGGAGAGAGAAUGCAUUCAAACGACUUCGAGAAGAGAUCAAUAAAGCAUCAAAAGGUAAAUCGUUCUUUUUUAUCAUUAGUAGUGAUCAGAACGUUAGAUGUAUACAAAGAUAAAGUAAUUGAUCGGUUUUAGGGUCUAAACAUGAGGAUUUCUCUAUCCCCUUCAGUCUCUCUAAUGUUCCUACAAUCGAACAAUUUGUUGGAAGGGAGGUAGAGCUUGCAAAAAUGCAUGAGAUGCUUAAUGGUGAUGGAUCGCGCAGAACUGUUGUUCUUCAUGGUUUGGGCGGAAUGGGUAAGACACAAUUAAGUAUUGCAUAUGCGAAACGGUAUAAAGACAACUACUCAGCAAUAUUAUGGUUGAAUAUCAAAGAUGAGGAUUCUCUGAAGCAGAGCUUUGUCAAGGCCGCAAGACAAAUCAUACGGGAGCAUGUCUCGGACAUCCAGCCAAGCAGCGUGGAUAUGAAAGAAGAUCUCAAUGAAAUGAUAGAUGCUGUCAAGAAAUGGCUAAGUCGUCCUAACAACACGCGAUGGCUGGUGAUAUACGACAAUUAUGAUAAUCCAAAAUUGGCAGGUAAUACAGAUCCUGCCGCAGUAGAUAUCCAAAAAUUUCUUCCUGAAUCAUAUCAAGGUUCAGUUAUUAUUACAACACGAUCAUCUCGAGUUGGAAUUGGCCGUCCGAUACAAGUUAGAAAACUAGAGGAUCUUCAGGACAGUCUCAGGAUUUUAUCCAAUGCAUCAAACCGAGAGGGAUUAGUAAAAGGUAGGUCAUUUCUAUAUUUGUGUUUACAACUCUGAUUUUCUUGAUAGAUCCAAAUGCUAUAAAACUUGCUAAGGAAUUGGAUGGCCUUCCUCUUGCUUUGGCCACGGCUGGAGCAUACCUUAAUCAAACAACGAUAAGCUUCUCAGAUUAUAUACGUUUAUAUAAAACAUCAUGGGCAAAACUCCAGCAAAUGACUCCUGAGCUCAGCUCAUACGAAGACCGAACACUUUACUCUACAUGGCAAAUUUCAUUUGAACAUAUCGAACAACGGAAUGGACUUUCAGCUAAGCUUCUUCGAUUAUGGGCAUACUUUGAUAAUCAAGAUCUAUGGUUCGAACUUCUUCAUCAUAGCGAUCCUGAGGACCCAGACUGGAUAAAAGAGCUCACUAAGGACGAAUUAAACUUUCACGAUACAGUUCGGAUACUAACUGAGUACGGGCUAGUGGAUAUAAACAGGUCUUCACUGGAAACAAUCGAGUCAAAAGGGUAUAGCAUUCAUAAAUGUGUUCACUUAUGGAUAGUUAAUGUUCUAAACCGAAAAUGGGAUUUCGAUCUAGCUGAAAUAGCUAUCAAGUUUGUAGGAUUACAUGUCCCAAGAGAACAGGCUAUUGGGUCGUGGUUAACACAACGACGGCUUCUUCAGCAUGCAGCCAGAUGUUCAGAUAUUAUCUUGAACAGCUUAGUUACAGAACACACAUCAACACUUGAUACAAUCCACUGUCUAGGGAUCCUCUAUGCAGAUCAGGGAAAGCUUAUUGAGGCGGAGCAGAUGUUCGAACAAGCGUUGCAAGGCGAAGAGAAGGCAUUAGAUCCAGAAUAUACAUUGAUAUUUUAUAUAAUCUAUAAUCUAGGGAUCUUUUAUUCAAAUCAAGGAAAGCUUAUUAAAGCGGAACAGAUGUACGAACGAGUAUUGCAAGGUUGCGAGAAAGAAUUAGGUUCAGAAUAUGUAUUGAUAUUUAAUACAAUCAACAACCUAGGGGCCCUUUAUAUAGAUCAAGGAAAGUUUACUAAGGCGGAGCAGAUGUAUAAACAAGUAUUGCAAGGCAAAGAGAAGAUAUUAGAUCCAGAACAUAUAUCGACACUUAAUACAAUCAAUAAUCUAGGGAUUCUUUAUAAGAAUCAGGGAAAGCUUAUUGAGGCGGAACAAAUGUUCAAACAAGUAUUGUAAGGUUAUGAGAAAGUAUUAGGUUUAGAACAUAUAUCGACGUUUGGUAUAAUCAACAACCUAGGGGCCCUUUAUGUAGAUCAGGAAAAGCUUAUUGAGGCAGAGCAAAUGUUCAAACGAGCGUUGCAAGGCUACGAGAAGAUAUUAGGUCCAGAACAUAUAUCGACACUUGAUACAAUCAACAAUCUAGGGGUUCUUUAUAAGAAUCAGGAAAAGCUUAUUGAGGCAGAGCAGAUGUAUAAGUAAGCAUUGCAAGGCAAAGAGAAGAUAUUAGGUCCAGAACAUAUAUCGACACUUGAUACAAUCAACAAUCUAGGGAUCCUCUAUGCAGAUCAGGGAAAGCUUAUUGAGGCAGAGCAGAUGUACAAGAGAGCGUUGCAAGGCUACGAGAAGGCACUUGGUGCAGAGAAUGUGACGACUUAUCUUCCUGCGCUAGGUAGUAUCUGUGGUCUUGGCGAUAUCUUCAAAUAUCAAGCGGAUCUAGCAAAUGCCAGGAUAAUGUAUUCAACAGCUCUUUUAGGGUAUGAGAAAGUUGUUGGAUUUGAACAUCCAAAAUAUUUAAGUUUGCAGAAGGAUCUUCGGGGCUUAGAUACAGUGGCAAAAGAUGAGGCUUUGGAAGAAGUACGCGAGCUAGUGAAUAAUUCGUAAUGUGAAAGUUCCACUACUAUGUAUCAUUACAAUCAGGAAGAAACGUCAAUACUUAGUUCUGGAAGAGCUCCAUCAAAACCGAAACGUUGCAAAUUGUUUCGAAAGCUUGGCUUAAGGAAGAUAUUUAAAUAAUGAAGUAGAAAAGCAGACAAAAAUAGUAUUGUUUCUUAGUAAAAUGAUAUUUCUACAAAUCAUAUAUCAAUAUUCUUAUCUUACUGUAUAUACGAUAUAUUCCAAACAUAAUGAACCU